AUGAGCGAUUCGCCCGCUGGAUCUAACCCAAGGACACCCGAAAGCAGCGGCAGCGGCAGCGGCGGCGGCGGGAAGAGGCCGGCGGUGCCGGCGGCGGUGUCCCUCUUGCCCCCGGCGGACCCCCUGCGCCAGGCGAACCGGCUCCCUAUCAGGGUCCUGAAGAUGCUGAGCGCUCACACCGGCCACCUCCUGCACCCGGAGUACCUCCAGCCGCUGUCCUCCACUCCCGUCAGCCCCAUUGAGCUGGACGCCAAGAAGAGUCCUUUGGCGCUGCUAGCCCAGACUUGCUCGCAGAUCGGCAAGCCAGACCCGCCGCCCUCGUCCAAGCUCAACUCGGUAGCAGCGGCGGCCAACGGGCUGGGAGCCGAAAAGGACCCUGGCCGCACCGCCACGGGAGCCGCCUCCGUGUCUGCGGCCCUCAAGCAGCUGGGGGACUCCCCUGCAGAGGACAAGUCCAGCUUCAAGCCCUACUCCAAGGGCACCGGCGGCAGCGACUCCCGCAAAGACAGCGGAUCCUCCUCCGUGUCCUCCACCUCUUCCUCAUCCUCCCUGUCUCCGGGAGACAAGGCGGGCUUCAGGGUCCCCAGCGCCGCCUGCACGCCCUUUCCCCCGCAUGGAGCGCCGGUCUCUGCGUCGUCGUCGUCGUCCUCGCCUGGUGGCUCCCGGGGCGGCUCCCCGCACCACUCUGACUGCAAGAACGGCGGUGGGGGUGGCGGCGGGGAGCUGGACAAGAAAGACCAGGAGCCCAAGCCCAGCCCGGAGGCUGCGGCGGUGAGCCGCGGCAGCGGUGGGGAGCCCAGCGCCCAUGGGGGUGGCACGGAGGCUGGGGCCUCCGGGCGCAAGUCCGAGCCGCCCUCGGCGCUGGUGGGGGCCGGCCACGUGGCGCCGGUGUCCCCCUACAAACCGGGCCACUCCGUGUUCCCGCUGCCACCCUCCAGCAUCGGCUACCACGGCUCCAUCGUGGGCGCUUACGCCGGCUACCCGUCCCAGUUCGUGCCUGGCCUGGAUCCUAGCAAGUCUGGCCUCGUGGGAGGCCAGCUGUCGGGGGGCCUGGGCCUGCCACCGGGCAAGCCCCCCAGCUCCAGCCCGCUCACCGGGGCCUCCCCGCCCUCGUUCCUGCAGGGAUUAUGCCGCGACCCCUACUGCCUGGGAGGUUACCACAGCGCCUCGCACCUCGGCGGCUCCAGCUGCUCCACUUGCAGCGCGCAUGACCCCGCGGGGCCCAGCCUGAAGGCGGGGGGCUACCCGCUGGUAUACCCCGGGCACCCGCUGCAGCCCGCUGCGCUCUCGUCCAGCGCCGCCCAGGCCGCGCUUCCCGGCCACCCUCUCUACACCUACGGCUUCAUGCUGCAGAACGAACCACUGCCGCACAGCUGCAACUGGGUGGCGGCCAGCGGGCCGUGUGACAAGCGCUUCGCCACCUCGGAGGAGCUGCUCAGCCACCUACGGACUCACACGGCCCUGCCGGGCGCGGAGAAACUUCUGGCCGCCUACCCCGGGGCUUCGGGCCUGGGAAGCGCCGCCGCAGCCGCCGCAGCGGCAGCCUCCUGCCACCUGCACCUCCCCCCGCCCACCGCCCCGGGAAGCCCCGGGUCGCUGUCAUUGCGGAGUCCACACACUUUGGGGCUAAGCCGGUACCACCCCUAUGGCAAGAGCCACUUAUCCACAGCCGGGGGCCUGGCCGUGCCCUCCCUCCCCACAGCCGGACCCUACUACUCACCGUAUGCGCUGUAUGGACAGAGACUAGCCUCAGCCUCCGCACUGGGAUACCAGUAACUACAGCUCUUGCUCCUACCCAACCCUCUUCUCCUUUCUCCCUCCCCCCCAACCCUGUUCCCCCCUCACCGCCGCCGA